AUGGAGUAUACUCCCCUCCCAGAGUACCCUCCCAGAGUAUCCUCCCCUCCCAGAGUAUCCUCCCCUCCCAGAGUAUCCUCCCAGAGUAUCCUCCCAGAGUAUCCUCCCCUCCCAGAGUAUCCUCCCCUCCCAGAGUAUCCUCCCCUCCCAGAGUAUCCCCCCCUCCCAGAGUAUCCUCCCCUCCCAGAGUAUCCUCCCCUCCCAGAGUAUCCCCCCCUCCCAGAGUAUCCUCCCCUCCCAGAGUAUCCUCCCAGAGUACCCCUCCCAGAGUAUCCUCCCCUCCCAGAGUAUCCUCCCCUCCCAGAGUAUCCUCCCAGAGUAUCCUCCCAGAGUGUCCUCCCCUCCCAGAGUAUCCUCCCCUCCCAGAGUAUCCUCCCCUCCCAGAGUAUCCUCCCCUCCCAGAGUAUCCCCCCUCCCAGAGUAUCCUCCCCUCCCAGAGUAUCCUCCCCUCCCAGAGUAUACUCCCCUCCCAGAGUAUCCUCCCCUCCCAGAGUAUCCUCCCCUAGUGUCCUCCCCUUCCAGAGUAUCCUCCCCUCCCAGAGUAUCCUCCCCUCCCAGAGUGUCCUCCCCUCCCAGAGUAUCCUCCCCUCCCAGAGUAUCCUCCCCUCCCAGAGUAUACUCCCCUCCCAGAGUAUCCUCCCCUCCCAGAGUAUCCCCCCUCCCAGAGUAUCCUCCCCUCCCAGAGUAUCCCCCCCCUCCCAGAGUAUCCUCCCCUCCCAGAGUAUCCUCCCCUCCCAGAGUAUCCUCCCCUCCCAGAGUAUCCUCCCCUCCCAGAGUGUCCUCCCCUCCCAGAGUAUCCUCCCCUCCCAGAGUAUCCUCCCCUCCCAGAGUAUCCUCCCAGAGUAUCCUCCCCUCCCAGAGUACCCUCCCAGAGUAUCCUCCCCUCCCAGAGUAUCCUCCCCUCCCAGAGCAUCCUCCCAGAGUAUCCUCCCCUCCCAGAGUACCCUCCCAGAGUAUCCUCCCCUCCCAGAGUAUCCUCCCCUCCCAGAGUACCCUCCCAGAGUAUCCUCCCCUCCCAGAGUGUCCUCCCCUCCCAGAGUAUCCUCCCCUCCCAGAGUGUCCUCCCCUCCCAGAGUAUCCUCCCCUCCCAGAGUAUCCUCCCAGAGUAUCCUCCCCUCCCAGAGUACCCUCCCAGAGUAUCCUCCCAGAGUAUCCUCCCCUCCCAGAGUAUCCUCCCCCUCCCAGAGUACCCCUCCCAGAGUAUCCUCCCCUCCCAGAGUAUCCUCCCCUCCCAGAGUAUACUCCCCUCCCAGAGUGUCCUCCCCUCCCAGAGUAUCCUCCCCACCCGGAGUAUCCUCCCAGAGUAUCCUCCCCUCCCAGAGUAUCCUCCCCUCUCCCAGAGUGUCCUCUCCUCCCAGAGUAUCCUCCCAGAGUAUCCUCCCCUCCCAGAGUAUCCUCCCCUCCCAGAGUAUCCUCCCCACCCGGAGUAUCCUCCCAGAGUAUCCUCCCCUCCCAGAGUAUCCUCCCCCUCCCAGAGUGUCCUCUCCGCCCAGAGUGUCCUCCCCUCCCAGAGUAUCCUCCCAGAGUAUCCUCCCAGAGUAUCCUCCCCUCCCAGAGUAUCCUCCCCUUCCAGAGUAUCCUCCCCUUCCAGAGUAUCUUCCCCUCCCAGAGUAUCCUCCCCUAGUGUCCUCCCCUUCCAGAGGAUCCUCCCUGAGUGUCCUCCCCUCUUCGAUAGCCUCCUUUCACCUAGGAUAG